UUUUAACCCUGGUUGAUAGCAAGGAUUUUUAAUUUUUCAAAAGUCUUCUUUAAUAAUAAUUAGUAUUUAUGGUGUUAACAGGAUCUUGGAAGGACCAAAUUUGUAAUUUCACAAAUUGGAGUGUCCUGGGUCCCCUAACGAUUGAGCUUGAAUUGAGUAGCAUUAUAGCACCUCUACUCUUGGUAUAUUGAAGAGGCAUUUUAUGGGCUUCUCUGAUAUCUGAAUUUUGGAGCUGGAUGCUCUUGUGAGCUCAGGAUUCCUAAAACUCAUGCUUCAGGACAAAAAGAGGCCCUAAAAUUGGGAAAAUAGUAAGAAUUUCAUAAAAUUUAUACCACCUUGAUUCACCAAUAGCCUUAUAAAAUAUUGAUUUGAUGGGAAAAUGGCUAAUGGACACUCCUAAAAUAAUUUAAUAACAAUGAAGGCAUCCAUUCCGUUUCACCAUAUCAUUACUUUUUAUUAUCUAAAUUACUGUUAUUGGCAAGCAAUGUAGGCAGGAGAAUCAUGAAAGAACUAUUAUUGCACAUGAUGUCUAUAAUUAAUAACUUCUAGGUCUCCAGAACAUACUAAAGGUUUAUUCCAGAAACUCCAUUUUCAUGUCUAGGUGAAGUUU